AUGCGCGGACAUUGGCCUUUCCUUCUGGCCUUCACUGGUGUAGCCCUCGCGCAGAACAACGAUACCAUUUUAGCCUUGAAUUCACGGCCCAAACAAACGCAAUCACUCGAGGCACUAGUCAUAACCCCAACAUCGGCCCCCGAAGAAUCUUUUGGUGCCAAGAAGGGAGGGUACGGCACCACAAGCAAUGAUAAGACGGGAGGAUACGGUACUCCAAGCAGUUCUAAGACGGGAGGAUACGGCACUCCAAGCAGUUCUAAGACGGGAGGAUAUGGUACUCCAAGCAGUUCUAAGACGGGAGGAUAUGGUACUCCAAGCAGUUCUAAGACGGGAGGAUAUGGUACUACAAGCAGUGGCAAGACAUGCACGAAAGAAACUCUCACAGAAACCAAAUGGUAUCCAGGUUCAACGAUUACAGAAACGUGCACAACUACCAUUUUUAAGCCAACGACAAUUACAGACUGGAAAACGCUCACCUCAACGACAACGUGUACCGAAACCAUUACAUUACACGAUACGACCACCUCAUGGAAUACCACUACUUUGUUCUCGACAAAGACGGAACUAAGCACUACCACUGAGGUUCGAAACUCCACAACCACUGAGAAGACCACGCAGACGAAGACCGCCACCCAAACCAUAACUGAACCCGGAACCAACAUCACAACUACUUCGACAUCGACUACCACGAAGGAGACUCCUGGUCCUACUACUACCGUCAAUAACACCAUAACAGAACGCACAACUUCUACUUCCACAUUGACCGUCAUAUCACUUGUGCCCACCACUGCAGUAUCUCUUGUACCAACUACGAUUGUUUCUACCAGCGUUAGCGUUACAACGUCGACAUAUACUUCGGUCAUCACUUCAACCACAACAGAGUAUAUCACAAGGACUAUAUCAUUGCCUGGGACGAUAAUAACGACAACGAGCACGGUCACCAGCGAGGUCUUACGAACGACAACGCUAACGGAUACGAUCUCUAUUACGCAGACAAUUCCUCAAACUGUAGUGCAGACUGUAGACCGAACUGUGCCAGUCACGCAGACUCGCGACGUGACGCAAACCCGAGAGGUGUCGAUUCCUGGUCCAACACAAACUGUUGCCAUCACUGAAACGAUUAAUCGAACGAUUACGCAAAUCUCGCUCAGCAUCAGCACUCUGUUCAGCACAAUCACACUCCCGCCCGAGACAAUCAUCACAACGACUACGGUCCAAGGCCCGACUUCAUUCAUCACGACUCAAUUGCCUCCAAGUACUAUAGUCUCAACCGUAACAACGAUUUUGACACUUCCGCAAGUCACGACUACAUCCAUCAGCGUCUCUCCACCCGAAACGAUCACAAGCACUCUCACGCAGCCGGGGCAGACCAUUACCACUACAUUCCAGCUCCCGGGAACUACAUCAGUAAUCACUACGCAGCUACCUCCGAGCACGAUCCUCUCAACGAUUACACUUCCUGCGGUCACGUCGACUCUAGUAACGCAACUGCCAGCAAUUACAACUACAACAACGCUGCUAUCAACUUUGACACUUCCCGGUUCAACGGAAGUAACCACAAUUACUCAACCCGGAUCAACAUUAGUCUCAACCUUGACUUUAGCGCCCUCCACGACCAUUUCGACAAUAAUCAUUACGCAGUCACUCACUAUAACUCAGGUGUUACCAACAACUAUCAUCCAAACCGUUACGCCAAGCUCGACAUCAACCCCUCCUGCGUCAGUGUCUUGCGCAAGCAACUGCCAGAUUGAUGUGACCGCCACGAGAUUGCAAUAUCCUGGCGAUGUCACCACCAGAACUACAGUAAUUCCAGCUGUAACUUUGGACAUCUACACGGAUGCUGCUGGGAAUGAAGUUAGCUCAUCUCUCUAUACCGUAAUUAUACCGUCACCAUCACAGCCGACAAUUACCUGGGAGUUUGAGGGCGUGACUCUUACUUACCCAACGACCUAUGCCGCUUACGCGACCUUUAGUCAUACCAUUGUGGAGCCAAUCGAGACUGCGUGUGUUACCAGGGUACUCACUCUGACCUUGCCAUCGCCAACCGACUAUACAUCACUCAUCGUGCCGCUAGCUGAGAUCCCCGAUACAAAAUUUGUAGCACCCACUGUGGUGAAAUAUCUCAACAGCCUUUCCACAGUAAUUUCACAACUUGGGCGGACGAUUGGAACAGGCGCUUGUGAUCCCCUCGUCGGCUCAACGACUACAGGCUCCACAGCCACUCGGGGAACGUCCACUUUUGUAUCAACUGUCGCGGAUACUGGCUUAACGACUACCCGCCAUGUUGCUGCGGCCGUUAUUGCACCAUCUAGUCCCACGGAAGUGAUCUCUUCACCACCACCACCUACGACGAGCACUGCCCAACCAAGCUCGCCACCGCCGCUUCCUCCACCAUCUAGCUCACGUAAUGCUCCCUCAUCUCCUUCUUCCCUUGCAGCCCCAGAACCGAGCAGCCAACCUCCCACGCCAACAAGUACUCCUGUACCGCUACCAAGUAUCGCGCCUCCUUCGAGCAGCCCCGCUGACUCCGCUUCUGAAGCUCCGUCCCCUUCGCCCAUUCCGUCGUCUGUUUCUCCACCAUCGUCGGCUGUCCCUCCGUCCUCGUCUGCCCUCGAAGUCUCCUCCGCAUCACUUCCUCCGCCAGUCAUUCCAAGCCGUUCGUCUAGCCGAUCGACGAGUACCUCAGAUAAUACCGUCCCCGCUCCGCGACCAAGUUCGAGCGUUUCUCACUUAUCAAUAAAUGCUGCCGCCCUUCCCACUGGACAUAUCGCCGGGUUGCUUAUCGGUGCCGCGGGUAUUGGUCUCGGGCUGUUUUAA